CGACGCCGAAGAGCAUGGCGCAUCAAGUUCCCUUCCACAACCCCAACGCCCCGUAUCAGUCGCAUCCCCAACAACGCCAGCGCCCGGCAUUCUCGACGCAGCAACAAGCGCCGCUGCAAGAACAAGAAGGAAUGUAUACACAUGGACCUCCCGUCGGUGGAGCUCCUGUCUACGUCGACCAACAGGCGUACCACCAAGCACAACCUGUCCCACAGCAGCAACAGCCGUACGGAGGCGCACCGCCCCACGUGUACCCUGACGGGAUGAUGGGCGGAAACAAUCACGCCCCAAGCACUAUUGUGGGUGGUUUCUUCGGCGAGAUGGGCCAGGCAGUGAACCCCGAGCUGUUAAACAAUCCGAUGGCUGCAUACGCGAUGAACCACGGCGCCAAGCUGAUGGAAGACCAAGUCAAGUCCUUCAUGCCGGGUGCCGCGGCGGGGGCAUUGAACAUGUUUGGGUCGGUCAAAUACUACUUCACGGUCAACAACACGUACGUCGUUCACCGUCUCAAGAUGCUCUUGUGUCCUUUCCUCCACAAAGACUGGCGCCGCAUCGUGCAGAGCGAAGGCAACGGCACCGACGUGGCCUACGCACCUCCCUCCAUGGACAAGAACGCUCCAGAUCUUUACAUUCCGCUCAUGAGCUUUGUCACGUACAUUUUGAUCGUGGGGUACAUCAAGGGGGCGUCUGGGCGAUUCAACCCAGACGUGAUCACGGACGUGUCGACGUCCUGCUGCCUCCUGCAACUGCUUGAGAUUUGCCUGAUGAAGCUCGGGCUAUACCUUCUCAACAGCCAGAUCAACUGGCUAGACCUUGUCUCCUUCACGGGGUACAAGUACGUCGCGUUGGUCCUCAACACGGUCGUGCACCUUGUGCUCGGGUACCUUCCGUACUACGCAGUUCUGGCGUAUACAGGGCUUGCCACGUCGUUCUUCACGUUGAAUGGCUUGAAAGGAACGGUGCCCGAGCCAAACCACGACCAGCGCCGCUUUCGCAACUACAUGCUGCUCGCCAUGGCGGUGUUGCAACUGCUGCUCAUCUGGUGGAACUCGUACAGCAGUGAAAUCCAAUAGAUCGGAGCAUGCGUGCAUGCAAUGCGAAGAGGACACCACUUGUCCAAUGUCUCGUUAACAAGUAAAACGUCUGAAUGACACGAGCGCACUUCGCAUGGACAGAAUCGCGCGAGUGCGCAAACCGGAGGAUAUGUGUACUCCACACAGUCGUGUAUGCGGGCUGGGUGGCGUGGUGACCAGCUCAACAUGAUGGUGGUGGAGGCUUCCCUUGGACCACACCACCGCGUAUGUGAUGUCUGGAGGUUGACGUGAUGCAGGCGGCCAUGCUGAAGGUGUUCGCGUCAUGCUCAGUUCGCCUGCAAGGACGUCGACCUCCACGAAGUGUUGUAGCCGCCCUCAGAAUGCCCAUACUUCUUCUAAGGGAACGACAUGCCAAGUGCCAUAGACCCAAGGCCAGCAUUUCGCGCCUGGUGAGGUUGCAUCUUCUUUACG